AUGGGAUUUUGGGUCGAUGAUCUUGUGAGUCGAACAACAUUGCCAGCUAGUCUCGCAGGCACUUGGUUGCAUGUGGCAUUUGUUUAUGAUUUUUCCAUUAAACAACAAAAUAUCUAUCGCAAUGGUUACAAUGAUGGGCAAGCAAAUUUAACUGGAACACCUGCUGCUUAUGUGGGCACAUCAGGUCUGGUCAAUAUAGGUGCUUUUCAAACAAAUAAUCAAUUCAAGGGACUUAUUGAUCAUAUGUUCGUGAGCAAUCGGGCUAAGAGUGCUUGCGAAAUCCUGGAUGAUGCAACUCUAGUUGCCUAUUUUUCAUUUGAUUCUGGUUCUCUACAAGACAGUGGCCCGAAUUAUUUCACUGGUACCAUCACAUCUGGUGUGACCACUGUCAGUGGUUAUGUCAAUCAAGCUUUGGCAUUCGGUGCAUCGAGUACCUACUUUUCUGUCGGUAAUCUGGUCGCAUUGGGGACAUCGAAUAAAGCUUUUUCAUUUUCACUUUGGGUCAAACCAACCGCAUACACCGGUGUUGGGACGAUUGUUCAUGUAGCAAAUGGAGCCGACGGUCAUACCAACGGUGUCUCUUCAUGGUGUGCACCAUUUAUCGGAUUGGAUUCUUCAAACAGACUUGUUGCUCAAUUAUGGAAUGGAUCUGCAAUCCCUAUAGUCGGAUCUACACUUUCGUUGAAUGUGUGGACACAUAUUGUUGAAACUUACAGUAUGGCCAAUGGGGUUAUUUUAUACGUGAAUGGAAUUCAAGUGGGAACCACGGGGGCUGCAAGUUAUUCUGCAAGUGAGGUUCCAGAUUAUGUUUUACUUGGUUAUUACGGAUCGUCGGGUUCUAAUUGCCAAACAGGUUAUAUUACUGCAGGACAAUUCACUGGAGCCAUUGAUGAAUUUCGAAUCUACAGUCGAGAACUGAGUCUAACUGAUGCAUGUGUUCUUGCAAAUCAAUGA